AUCUUGCUGGAACUCACAAAACUACGCACCUGCAAACAGAGGACUUCAAACUCCAAGCAAGACCUCUGCCAGACCGUCGCUUCAUUUACUUAUUCAUUUUUGUACUUUUUAAAACAUUUUUAAACACUUUUCCCCCUGCGAUGUCUCUGUCCGAUGCAGAAUGGACCUUGGUUCUGAAGGCUUGGGGACCGGUAGAGGCGGACCUAGCUGGACACGGGCAAGCGGUCCUGCUGCGUGCCUUCAUCAGCGUUCCUGAGCAGGCAGAUCUACCCGGCAGCGCAGACAUCAAAGCCCACGGCAGCAUCGUCAUCACCAAGCUCGGGGACCUGCUGAAGCAGAAGGGGGGCCACGCGGCUCUACUGAGGCCCCUGGGCGAAACCCACGCCAAGAAACACAAGUCCCUCUCGAAACUAAGGUACAGAGAGAAAAAAAAAUGUAAAAAAAAAGGUUUUCUGACGGCUGCAUCUCUCUCCUGUCAGCUGAUCUGCGACGUCAUCGUCAAAGUGCUGGCGGAGAAGUACAGCAGCUUCGGAGCCGACUCUCAGGCAGCGAUGACGAAAGCCCUGGACCUCAUCUUCUCUGGCAUGGGGCCUCUGUACCAGGAGUUUGGAUUUGCCGGCUAGUCCCGGGUUCGAAGGGAACGUCUCCCCCCCGUCCCGUCCCGUCCCAUCCCAUCCCAUCCCAU